UCAACCGCAAGCAGUGCUAUCAGCUUGUACCACCAAAAUCGCUUAGUCCUCCAAAAUUGGAAGGUAAAACGCAAAAAACAACCGCGAUAUUCGUGAAGUGUCGAGGAGAUCCUCGCGAGAAACGCAAUCAGGAUUACGACGGACCAAGCAACUGCAGUCGUCAGACAGAGGGAAAAAUGACAAACCUGUGAUUCGCCCGAAACAGUGCCUGGUGGGGGUGUCUCUCCUACUGUCUCCCUCUCUCUCUAUCGCUCGCCAUCCGCUCACCCCUCUCGCUCACUCGCCCGCUCGUCCGCUGGAAGGAGGGGGGAUGGACGGUUGAUGUUACGAGCAGCACAGCGCAGUGUGAAUCACGUUUGGACGGACCCAAGGGAACCCAGUGAAGCUAGCGAUGUACCAGAGUGCCUGCCAGGCGGCCACCACGGGCUCCUGUGUCCCGGGAACCGGUCAGCAGCCGGAUAAUGAGCGCCAGUCGGCACUCAUAGCCCAACAACCCCCCACCGCGCCCGUGGAGCCCGAUUACAGUGGCUUCGAUAUCGUUAAGGCUACCCAGUAUGGGGCAAUCGCUCGAGUCCGGGAGUUGGUCGAAUCCGGCUGGGAUGUCAAUCAGCCGGACAGCGAAACCGUGACCCUACUUCAUUGGGCGGCAAUUAACAAUCGGCGGGAUAUCAUCCGAUACUUCCUCGAGAAGGGAGCCACCGUGGACGCCGUGGGCGGUGAACUGAAUGCCACGCCCCUGCACUGGGCAACCCGGCAGGGACAUCUCGGUGCCGUCGUUCUACUGAUGGCGGCGGGAGCCGAUCCCAGGAUUCGGGAUGCGGAGGGGUGCUCCUGCAUACACAUCGCCGCCCAAUUCGCACAUACCGCACUGGUGGCCUACUUCAUAGCCAAAGGCGUGGAUCCGGAUCUCCAGGAUCGGGGCGGAAUGACGGCGCUGAUGUGGGCAGCAUGGAAGGUUUGCGCUUUGGAUCCCGUGCGCUUGCUGCUGACCCUCGGAGCGAAUCCCGCCAUGGUUGAUUACACUCAUGGAAACACGGCCCUACAUUGGGCUAUUCUGGCCCGGAAUGCCACGGCCAUUUCCACACUGGUGCUCAAGUCGAAGGCCUCGCUGGAUGUGCCCAAUCUGCGAGGCGAGACGCCGCUCUCAAUGCUGGAAUCCCAGUCGGGAGCCAUUUGGAUUGGGGCCAAGGUGAUGGAUCGCGUAAAAGAGGCGGCGCUCACCUCGCAGCAACGCCGAUCGCUGCUCUCCAAGCUGCGGCACGACAAACGCCUGAGAUGGUGGUCCAUGGUGGCCUGCCCCUUUACUGCUUUCUAUCUGGCUGGCAUUGUGUUUACCGUGAACACGCUGUACAUUAUCAAGUUCUUUCUUUUGGGCUGCUUGUAUGCCAUAUUCCACACGAUCGGCAAGGCCUUGUUCGAUGAGCAUUUGAUGGCCCUGUUGCCGCUGAGCGUUUACCUGGCCACCAAAGCCUGGUUCUAUGUCACCUGGCUGAUGUACAUCGACGAUGCAGUUUCGUUUACGGCCACAGUUUGCUUCCUGAUCUCCUCGCUGGCCUUGUGGGUGUGCUUCCUCAAAUCUUGGAAGGGAGAUCCUGGUAUUAUUCGACCCACCAGGGAGCAGAGAUUUAAGACCAUCAUCGAGUUAUCUGAGCGAGGUGGAAUUGGUUUUGAACCGGCAUCUUUCUGCUCUGGCUGUCUGGUGCGGCGACCUAUACGCUCCAAGCACUGCUCCGUGUGCGAUCGCUGUGUGGCGAGAUUCGAUCACCACUGCCCCUGGGUGGGCAAUUGCAUUGGGCUGAAGAACCACAGCUACUUUAUGGGCUUCCUCUGGAUGCUGUUGAUUAUGUGCGUCUGGAUGCUGUACGGUGGUUCCAAAUACUAUGUGAACCAGUGCAAUGUCCGAUUCGAUGAUUUCCUCGGUGCCAUGCGGGCCAUUGGUAACUGCGAUGCCUGGGUGGGCUGGGUCAUGGGCAACGCCCUACUGCACAUGUCCUGGGUGAUCCUGUUGACCAUCUGCCAGACAUAUCAGGUGAUUUGCCUUGGCAUGACCACCAACGAGCGCAUGAAUCGGGGUCGCUAUCGCCACUUCCAGGCAAAGGGCGGCCACAGCCCAUUCACACGUGGGCCCAUCCAGAACCUCAUCGACUUCCUCGAGUGCAGUUGCUUUGGAUUGGUGCAGCCGAAGCGUGUGGACUGGAUGAACUACUACGAUUACGAUGCCCAGACGCAUCAGACCAUCGAGAAGGAGCCGUUGCUGAGCGUUGACUGCCCAGAUGGAAUGGCCGGUGACCACCAGUACGUGUAGGAUAAGUCCUAUCGGGAUGCGAAGACGCUUCAGAUGCCCAUCGCGCAUGUUUAACAAUCGACACCAAAUGCUUUAGAGAGUCCGCUACUGCUUUUUCUCUCUUCCUCAAAAACGAAACCGUUUCAUUUCCGUUAACUAUUUUAAUUGGUCCACGCUGAACUGAUGCAAAACUAUAUAUUCGCCGAGAAGAAUUCUACACAACCAAGACAGAAGCGUCAUCGCUGACCGAUAUCGGAUGAUCGAGUUGGGGGUCAAGGCCCUUUACUUACGUACAUAUUAUUCAUGUAUUACUGUAAUUACUCUGUACAUUUCUGCGUAUUUCUUACUCUUCGAUCAUAAGCCGAAAGUACACAAAACCUUUUUGUCCUUUAAAGUAUUUGUAUACCAAAAAAAAAAAACUAAAUGCAAACGUAAGCAAAUGAACACCGAACAAAUUUACCAAUGCAACCAUAAUCAAAACCAGAGUUUGUUUAAGAGUGCAAUAUUCAAGAUUUCGAUUCACCUACUGAGAUAUUAAAUUGUAAAGCGCACACAACCAGAAGAAAAACCAAACGAAAUAACAAGCAAACUAAAACUUUGUACACGUUUUAGGGGAUUUGCACGAAGGUGAAAUCUGAGCGAAGUCGGUCUUAGGCGGGCUGGAACAUUGAGCAUUAUGUAUAAGAGAAAUGUAAACUAAUAGUGAAAAUUCGGAAAUACGCAGUCUUCAGGAACUUGGAGACACUGGCAGCUCUCUAAAAUCGACGACUUCGCUUUAGGUACGGCAAGCAAAGGUUCCCAAUAUAUUACCAAUAAAAAUAUAGCGACGACAAAUUAACCAAUUGAUACCAAGCACUAGCAUACUUAAACAAAUAAUGAAUAAAUUCUAAAUGCGAUCCAAUUCUAAUUAUGCACUAGUCUAGUCAGAAAAUCAUUUAAGUAAAUGUUAAAGUGCAACUACAGCCUCAAAUCGAUAACAAAUUGCAUAUUUAUAUAAACCCAUAUAGCUAUGAAAUUAUCUAAUUAUAAAGUAAAAGGAAUUUCAGCAACCUGAGAACAACACGCAUAGCAAUGAAUAAAAUAUGUUGUAAUUGUAACACGUUACUUAAAUGCAUUUAAAUAUUAAUUCAAACGAAGUCUACAAACAAAUUUAACAUGAAGAAUCGCUAAGCAAACAUUUUCAACUAUGUACUAAAUAUUGAUAAAAAAACACAACUUUUUCGAGGUAUUUUGUAUUUGAGAUUAUACAAAUAAUGAUGGAGAUGGAAAUGAAGCGAUUUGCUAAGAAAGUUAUAUGUUUCAAAUCCAUUUUGUAUAUUCCUUUCGCUCGCAUUGCUAACACGAAAAAAGCUUUCAAAAGACUAUUUCAACCGAUCACGAUCUAACAUUAAGCCAGCCCCCAAAAAGGAUGGCGCAUAUAAACGUAAUAAUUAAGUGUUUUUGGCCUAUUUAAUGAAAACCAAGCAAAUCAGCCCCAUUGCCUACAUCUUUAGUUUAGCAGCUAAGUUCAAGACAAAUAUAUUUAACUAAAGAUAUAUAAAUGAAUGUAUUAAAUAGUGUGUAGAACGAUGGGAAUUGUGAGCUCGAGGUGUCUGUAUGUAUGUGUAACAAUGUGCGUUAAAAACAAAUUUGAAUAAUAAAUAGAACUUUAUUCCGUAUUCAAAUA